GAAGCUCAAGGCAUGGCUGCCACUUUCUGCUAUUCAUAUAUUCUUCCACUAUUUUUGUCCUGUCUUUUCUUUAACCUCCCUGCUAAUUCAAUUCACUUCAAAAUUCCUCAAUUUAAUCCAGGUAAUGCUAACAUACUCUACCAAGGAUCUGCAGGACUUCGUGAUGGAUCAGGUGUUGAUUUCAACUUGAAUCAGUAUACGUGUCAAGUUGGAAGGGUCAUCUAUGCCAAUAGGGUGUUACUUUGGGACUCUAGCACAGGUCAACUCACUGACUUCAAAACUCAUUACACUUUCUUUAUUGACACUCUAAAUCAAACUCAGUAUGGCCAUGGACUUGCCUUUUUCCUUGCUGCUGUUGGAACUGAAAUCCCACCCAAUUCUUCUGGUGGCUUUCUGGGCCUAUUCAACACCACAACUAAAGUUUCAUCCCCUAGCCCAAUUGUUCAUAUAGAGUUCGAUUCUUACCCAGAUCCUGGUUGGGGUGAGACCAUGCAACAUGUUGGGAUCAACAAUAAUUCAAUUUCUUCAUCAGUUUUGACUCGUUGGAAUGCUAGUCUACAUAGUGGAGACACUGCUGAUGUUUGGAUUAGCUACAGUUCUACAACCAAGAAUUUAAGCGUAACUUGGAAAUACCAAAGAACUUCUGAUCCUCAAGAAAAUACCAGUCUUUCAUAUCCAAUUGAUUUAAGGACGGUCCUGCCUGAAUGGGUUGCAAUCGGAUUUUCUGCUGCAACAGGUUCGUUAGGAGAAGGCCAUAAUCUUAUGUCAUGGGAGUUCAACUCAACUUUGGAUAAAGGUGGAAAUAAUACAAAGAAGACAAGGUUGGUUGUGAUACUAACUGUCUCUUGUGGUGUUCUAGUUGUCGUAGCAAUUGCAGCAGCAUGUGUGUUACUCUGGAGGAAGAAAAACAAAAACAAAAACAAAAAAGAAGAGGCUAUGAAUUUAACCUCGAUCAAUGAUGACCUUGAAAGAGGAGCAGGACCAAGAAGGUUCUCACACAGAGAGCUUGCUUUGGUUACCAAUAACUUCUCCAAGGACAGGAAAUUAGGUCAAGGUGGGUUUGGAGCUGUUUACAAAGGCUACUUUGUUGAUUUAGAUUUAGCAGUUGCUGUGAAGAAAAUAUUAAAGGGUUCUAGACAGGGGAAGAAAGAGUAUGUAACCGAAGUUAAAGUCAUUAGCCAACUGAGACACAGGAAUCUUGUGCAGCUCUUGGGUUGGUGCCAUGACAGAGGUGAGUUUAUGCUUGUUUAUGAGUUCAUGCCAAAUGGUAGCCUUGAUUCUCAUUUAUUCGGUAAAAGGGCACCUCUUCCUUGGAGUGUGAGGUACAAGAUAGCUCUUGGAUUGGCCUCUGCAGUGCUCUAUCUACAUGAAGAAUGGGAACGAUGUGUGGUGCAUAGGGAUAUCAAAUCAAGCAAUGUUAUGCUAGAUUCAAGUUUCAAUGUCAAGCUUGGAGAUUUCGGGUUGGCUAAGCUCAUGGACCAUGAAAUUGGGCCACAAACAACAGGGUUGGCUGGAACAUUGGGCUAUUUGGCUCCUGAAUAUGUGAGUACAGGUAGGGCAAGUAAGGAGUCAGAUGUCUAUAGUUUUGGGGUUGUUGCCUUGGAGAUUGCUACUGGUAAGAAAGCCGUUGAUGUUAUGAAGGACAAAGAUGAUGAAAUGGGAUUGAUUGAGUGGGUUUGGGGUCAUUAUGGCAGAGGGGAGCUGCUUGUGGCAAUGGAUGAGAUUUUGAAGAAGGAUUUUGAUGAGAAACAAGGAGAGUGUUUGAUGAUUGUGGGAUUGUGGUGUGCUCACCCAGACGCAAAUCUGAGACCAUCAAUACGACAAGCAAUUCAAUUGCUUAAUUUUGAGGCUGCUAUGCCGAACCUUCCACCAAAGAGGCCUGUUCCAACAUAUCAUGCUCCAACAUAUCAUGCUCCUGCGCCAUCUGUACUCUCAGGAGCAGCAGCUUCCACAACCACAAUCUUUCAGAUUGGUCGUUGA